CAACGUCACAUUGUGCGAGAGACAAAACCCGGGCGCGCCGGAGCUCACACGCGCACGCACACACAGACGACCGGGUCGCCUCUUCUCUCCCAGCGCUGCCGAGAAAGCCAGCCCUGCUUUCCCUUCCCGGGGUGCGGAGCUCUGCAAGCUCAGCGCAGCCCAGAGCCAACCCAGAGGACGAAGGGAGCCGGCGGACGAACCUGCUUUCCCCGCCGCCUGUCCAGACCAGGACGCCCCAUCCCCCGCCCCGAACUCCGAUCUCUCCCACCCCACCCCUCUGGGUCUCACGCGGACAGCGCCCGGAGCCGGGUGCGCCCCCGUUUGGAAUCCACGUUUCAGCACUUCGGACAGCGCCCGGGCGCCCCGGCCCCUUUGGGUUGACGAUGGCCAGCGUUCAGCAGGGCGAGAAGCAGCUUUUUGAGAAGUUCUGGCGAGGAACCUUCAAAGCGGUGGCCACCCCGCGUCCCGAGAGCAUCAUCGUGGCUAGUAUCACGGCCCGUAAGCCGCUGCCAAGGACAGAACCCCAGAGCAGCCCCAUAGUUCCAGCCCAGGAUGGACCUUCAGAAAAGCUGGGUCAGCGUCUGGCUACCGAGGCCUUGGGCACCAACAGCUGGGAGAGAGACAAGGCCUGCCGGGAGCUGGGUCUUGCCAGAGCACGCAGUGCCUCCCUUGACAGAGACUCCACACCUCCACCCUCCUCCAGGGGGAAGAAGAAGAAGAAGAAAUCUGCCCGGAAGAAGAGAAGGAGGUCCCCAUCCUAUAGCCCAUCACCCGUGAAGAAAAAGAAGAAGAAAAGUUCCAAGAAACACAAGCGACGCAGGUCUUUCUCCAAGAAGAGAAGGCACAGCUCCUCCAGCCCCAAAAGCAAAAGAAGGGAAGAGAAGAGGCAUAAAAAGCAAUCUCGAAGCCGGCCCCGAAAGUCUCACCGCCACCGCCAACACCACUGGCCCUCGCGGUCCCAGAGUUCUGAGUCACGCUCCUCCAGCUGUGAGACCAGGCACCGAGGCCGGUCCCCCGAGGAAGGGCGGAAGUCCCGCCGAAGGCACUCUAGACGCUGCUCCCAGACCCUCUGCAAGGUCAGCCCCGAGGCCCGGUCCAGCCACCCGCCCAGCCGGCCCCUGGAGAUGCUCAGCCUGCUGUCGGCCAGGGGUGUAAUCACUGGGUUGGGGUCUGCCGCUGACCUCUUUACCAAAACAGCCAGCCCGCUCGCCACCUCUCGAGGACGUUCCCAGGAAUACGACUCAGGCAACGAUACGUCCUCACCACCCUCCGGGCAAACCAGCUUGGCCAGGUCUCGGGGUCAGGAGAAGGACAGCCCCAGCGGCGGCCUGAGAAAGAGCCAGGAGCUCAACAGCGGUAACACCUCCGAUUCAGGGAACUCCUUCACCACCUCCUCUCCCCAGAACAAGGGGGCCGUUCUGGAGAAUCUCUCUCCCACCAGCAAGGGCAGGGAGUCAAGAGGAUUUCAGUCGCCGUGUCUGGAAUGUGUGGAGGAGAAGAAGUCCAGCUUGGCACCAUCCACGGCCCGGAGCACCCCCAUCAAGGAGUGUUCCCGAAGCCCCUCCAGUCUCUCUUCCCGGUCCCCAAACCCCAGGGCCUCCCCCAGGUACACCCGGAGCCGAUCCACCUCCUCUGGAAAGAGGUCCUACUCCCGCUCUCCCAGCUAUUCCUCCAAGUCUGGCAAGAGGAGCCCGCCUAGCAGAAGCUCUCGAUCCCGCCGCAGCCCCAGCUACUCCCGCUACAGUCCCAGCAGGGAACGGGACCCCAAGUACAGCGAGAAGGACCCGCGGCAGCCAGAGCGCGAGCGAGCCCGGCGGAGACGUCGAUCCUACUCGCCCAUGAGGAAGCGCCGGAGAGACUCCCCGAGCCACCUGGAGGCCCGGAGGAUCACGAGUGCCCGGAAACGCCCCAUCCCCUACUACCGGCCCAGCCCGGCUUCUUCCAGUAGCCUCAGCAGCACCUCCUCCUGGUACAGCAACAGCAGCAGCCGCUCCGCCAGCCGCAGCUAUUCCCGCAGUCGCAGUCCCAGCCGCAGCCGCAGCCCCAGCCGAAGCUGCAGCAGGAGCCGGAGCCGGAGCCGGAGCAGGACCCGCACCAGCAGCAGCUCCAGCGCCCGCAGCCCCAGCCUGGGCUCCCGGAGCAGGAGCCGGAGCUACAGCUCGGCAGACAGCUACUCCAGCACGCGGCGCUAAGCGGGGGGCCCUCCCUUGAGCCAGUGCCAGGGGAUCCCCUGUUGCUCGGCCAGCCUCCCCUACGGCCCGCCCUCCCUGCCUCCUCCCCAGUGACAGACACCGAGGUCUCCUGGACCCGAUCCUUCCUGCUUCCCUGGAGAGGAGGAAACGAGGGGACAGAGGCUCAACCUCCAUGUCAAGCUGCUAGGAGCCUCUACCAGCACCAUCCUGGGGCUCAACUCAGGCCUGGGCACGUGGACAGAACCAUGGUAUUUUUGGCACACACCAAAAAAAAAACAAAAACAAAAACAAAAACAAAAACCAUCCUUUAAGGUUUUGUGAGGAAGCAAUGGGUCCAUGACUCGAAACCUGGAUCCUGGCCAGGGAAAACUGGAGCCAGUCCUGCUCAUGGGAUGGAUGUACACAGAAAGGCCAGGGGGAUCUGUCCCAGCUGCCCUCGUUCACUUGUCACCAAGUUCCAUGGCUGGACUUCUAUGGACCCCCGUGUAGGAGAGAGGUGAGAGAGGACACCGAGCGCUGAUGAGGUCCCAGAGAAGCGAGGAGGCCUUCAGUCUCCCCCCAACAAGCCAGAGCAGAGACUGGAAGGCUGGCGGGUUCCAGAAGAGAGGAGCCGAGGAGGCAGACCUUGCGGUGGAUGGGAAGCGUCAGGAGAUGGGCGAGGCCUUCUCUGACUCUAGCGUAGAAGCAAAAAUGCGUUGCUCAUCUGCUGCUCCCAGGGGAAGCAGCCCAGAGGGUCCCUGCUACCAGGGGGCCGCACCACAUGCCUCUGGGUAAGGUAUCUCUGCCUUACACGAGAUGCCUCCUGACUGCACAGGAGCCCCGCAGCUCCACAGGAGAGGAGACGGCGGCACAGCCAGGGCAGCCUGAGCUACAGCCCCACUUCCCAAAUUUGCCUCAGCCCCACUAGCUGGCACCAACCUAAUUCCACGGGACCAUCUGCUGAGCAUUCCCCAGGGCUGUGGCCGGCUGCCAGCCCCCAGCGCCAGCCAGUCUGGCCUUGCCCUCUGGCUGGCGCCUGCCUGCCCCCUCCCCACUGCCCAGGCUGCCACACCCUGGAUCCUACCCAGGUCAGCCUGGUACCCACCCACCCACCCACCCACCUUUCAGCCUAAGCCUCUCAGGAAGUUUGCCAGGAUGAGCGCCUCAGGCGGUUCAGGCUUGAGAGAAAAGACCCAAAUCCGGAGAGUUUGCAGGCCAGGGGCUUGGGCGCACCACGUCUUGGGCGACUUCUAGCUUCCGAGGUUCCUCGUGAACUUGGGAAGGCUCCCCCUUCAUGUCUGCCCUCACCCCACCCACCCAGCCCGGGGCCGGGCAGCACGGGUGAGCUUCCCUCUGCCUCACAAAUACCACCAGCUGCUUCAACCACAGAAGACACCCAGAACAGGCAAGCCAAGGAGAAGCGCCUUAAAAUAACCUCUCGGGCAUCCCCCUCACCAGCUGCCUGGCUUUCCGGAGCCUUGUGGGUGAAUUUUCAAGUUUGUGGUGGCAACAGCAGGUCUAAGACGGGGCAUGUGUGGGGAAGCGAGAUCAGGCAUUCUUGAGUCUCCCCACCCUGAGGAAAAUGUGGAAACACCCUUUCCUGGGCAGUUGGUGACUUCUCCCUCCCCAGUCUUUCCCAUCAUAUCAGCACAGGGACCAGUGACUGCCAGGCAGACAACCUCCCUCAAAGUCCUCCUCCAUCAGGAGAGAAGAGCAAGGCAGCCGCAGACCCGCAGACCACCCGGCCUGCCCGCCAGGUCUCAUCCACGCCAUCGCGUCACCAGAGGCCCGAUGGCAGGUGUCCUGGGAGGGCAUGUACAGCAACUGUAAAUAACCCUCUUUCCUGCCCAGGAACCCAGAUCUCACUCCCGUCUCCCUUUCUGGAAAGAAGUUUUCCAGAGCCACCAAACCUGCUUAGCAGGACAGCAACCAGAGGCCCAGGAGCUGCCUGUCCACUGUCUUCAUUCAGACAACUCUAGGGGACCGUUUUGCCUGGGGCCCCUAAGCAAACCUCGUAUUUAUUUUAUUUAUGUUUUAUUUAUUUAUUUAUACGUGGAUCUCUUUCUCUGUCUCUCACCAUUGGCAGUAUUUAAUUAUUUAUUUAUUUAUAUGAAGAGGAUGUGUGUGUGUGUGUGUGUGUGUGUGUGUCUGUGUUUCUCAGGGUAGGGGGGGACUUCUAAAUUAUUUUUGUGCAUCUUUCUUCUUAUGUCCUGUCUCAAUGGGUGUGACUUGGGGGUGGAGUGUUGGCCUUUUCCCUCAAAGGCUCAAAGCUAGGACCAUCUGGAGCUGACCUGGACUGUACAUGAGUCCCAGGAUGGUAACUGAGCCCGAGAGCAGUGAGCUCCAGGCCCGUACCCCAGCCCCCUGCCACCAGCUGCCUCAUGGAGGUGUCAGUGAAAAUACUAAUAGCCAAGGGGUUCAUGAACUAAGGCCUUGGGUUCACUCAUGGGGGUCAGCUUAGGUUGGGGGCCAGACUCUAAAUUAGCAUGUAAGUCAAAAAUGCACAAAGUUGAAAUCCCUAGGGAGGCUCCCGACUAGAGACAGAUGCUCCAUCUCCAGGUAGACCGACGAGCUUCAGUUGAGUACCUACUGAAGCCUUGCCUGGUGUCUGGGGCGCCAUGAUGGAAGAAAUGGUUCAGUACAAUAUGGCGCCUGGAUUGUUGAGGUGUGAAGAGGCGCUCACACCACAGGAAUCAGGCAGGGAUGCGCUGACCCAGGGCAGAGGAGAUGUUCCUCCUGACCUCACUCCGGGGCCCACCUAAGUGGUUUCAUGCAAGUUCCACAUGGUUCUAUGCUAAGUACCUCAUUUCCCCAUCUGCUGAGAUUUGAAAGCUGCCCAUUUGGUUUUCAGUGGAUACAGGGGGCCUUGUCCCAAAGGACCAGCCAUCCUGAGAGAGAGAGAGAGAGACCCACAAAAACACCCAGCAAUGACCUUUUUCUGUGACCUCUAUCUCUUGCAUCAGAGGAGGACACAGACCAACUUCUGAAAUUUGAGAAUAAAACAAGAUAAAAGGGAAAGCCAGAUGUUCCUCGAGAAGGUCAUUUCUGAGCCCAUCCUAGGAACUAGGAUCCAGAGAUCUUUAUCACUGACCAACUGGCAGUGCCUUCCGGCUGCUGGCUGGAGAAGGCUGGUGCCCUUUCUCAAGUCACUCUCCACUGCCUGUGGUGGCCAGACUGGCCUGGUCCAGCUUUGGGUUCAUGAAACUUUUGCAACAUUCUUGCUUGUUUCCCUGGCAAUGUGACUACCCUGCUACUGGGACUCUGGUCACCUUGAUUAACUAGAACUGUUGGUCCCUGGUGUUGCUGGACCUGUAUCCUCUUCAUCAAUACCUUCUGCUUCCAGGAAAUAGGACAUACUGCUUGAAAGCUGCUCAUAGCAAGGAUUUAGCUCAAAAUGGGAGGCAGAUGCAGGCGGAGGUCAAGCCUCCUGCCCCCCAAGUCCUUUGACCCUCCUGCCGUGGGUGUGCCCUAGCUCAGUGGAACUAGGCAGAUUGCUCCCUUUCUCUGGGCCCAGGUUCCCACCUCUGUGGACAAGGUUUGGAGAUGUUGCCUUGAGGCCUGAGUCUCCAAAGACAGAGACAGUUUCCCUGAGGCUCAGAGGAAAAAGGAAAAGAGCUUUGAACAGGAACCAACUUCUAUUAAACAGUCGCAACUCCUUAAAAAAUAAAAGUAGAGAAAAUUGUAAUCCCUCGUCUCUAACCAAGAGAAGUUAGAGCUCAUGACUCUCUCAGUCAUGAGAGUCAACACCAAAAAGCAGAAAGUGAAUCCCCUUCAGUCAGUCAGGAAAAGCCCCCAGCUAGGAACAUUCUCGGUCACCCAGGUUGGACGGCAUUCCUGUCUCGGUUUGCUCCCUUCUGGGAAGGACACUCGGUCUUUCAGAAGCAGAAUACAAUGAAGAUGUUGGAAAGAUGUCAAGGGUUCAGUCACAAAGAGCCCCCGUCCCUGGGUUGGCUCGACACAUUCUCUUUCCCACAAGGUCUGAUUUGUCCCCGAUUGGUCUUGAUUGUCCCCAAGAUGACAGAAAGCCUUCCCCCCCCUUCUUUAGCCCAGACUCCAGCUUGUCUUCUGCUGGAUUCUUUCCUCAAAUAUUCAAAAUAGUCUCAUGUGCCUGUGUCUCACCUUCUUGGCCCUCCAGCCGAAGAGGGCUUUGGGGUCUGAUGAUAAAAUGACAUCCCAAGUAGGAAUCCUUAGGACACGCCUUCCUGAGCCUUGGCCAGGUCAAUCCAACUGCCACACUGAGGCCGGACGUGUCCCAGAGCAAUGAUGUCCCCAGACCCCUCCCUUCUCCCUCUCCCACCAAGAAGUCAGUGCCAGGGAUUCUGUUGUUACCCUCCCUCUGUCUCUGGCUGAUUUUUGAUUGUUUAUACAUUUGGAUUUUUUUUUUAGCAUUGUUGUUUUUUGGUUUGGGGGUUUUUGUGGGGGUUCGUUUUAUUUUGUUUGGUGGUCUUUGUUUUGCAUUGUAAAUACCAUGCUGGGGAUCCCCUCCUGGAAACAUGGCUUAUUUAAUAAUUUAUUUACUAUUUAUUGAGUAGCGUCGGGAAAGGAGCCCGGGCCACCUCUUCCCGUGGGGUGGCUCCGUCUCUCCGCCCCGGUGAGGCCUUGUGCCACGGGCCCAUCUCACCCAGGUAAUGAGGAGGAGAAUCACCGAACCAGUUGGAAUUGGCAGAAACGGAGGCUUCGGUCCUAGCUGUGAAUCUCCAAAGCAACGAAAACACCGGUUACCUCCAGGAAGACCCCAUUUCCAUGGAAAUUAAUGGAGGAAUCAUAAUGCCCGCCCGGGAACCAACUUCUAUUAAACAGUCGCAACUCCUUGAAAAAAAAUAAAAGUAGAGAGAAUGAAAAUUGUAAUCCCUUGUCUCUAGCCAAGAGAAGUUAGGCCUCAUCUUCUAAGGAGCUGAGCCAAAGAGACAGGCGUGGCCUUUCUCCGGGGUCCUCUGCCCUGUGUGUGUCUGUGUGGAUGGAAUGAGCCUUGGGCCUCAGUCUUGUCAUCUGUAAAAUGGGGGUUGGCCCGAGUGUUCCUGGCAGGGUGGGGAAGAGGGGAUUCUAGCUCUGACGCUGAGGACGGCUUCCUGUUGGAUUUGUGGCCCUGUGUCUUCUGCCCUCGGUUGAAGGGCAGCGACCGAGGAGGGAAGGAAACAGAAAGGUGGGGUGUGGGUUUCAUCUGCGGGGUGAGGUCAUGAGAGCUGAGUUCUGGUGUCACCUAUGGGAGACCACAAGGCGUCGUCAUCUCGAUGACUCUCUUGGCGUGAGUUCAAGUGUUUGCCUUGAACUUCUCUCCAAGCCUCGAGGUCCAGAGCCAUCCCAGGAGAGGCUUGGCCCUGCCCCGAAUCUAACCCCUGUCAGUUGUCAGACCGUAUCUUGUACAAUGGUUCAAGUAAGCCGGGGACGUGGGUCCAACUACCGCUUUUCAGAUGAGAAAACUGAGGCCUGGGAAGGGGGACCCUUGUGCCUACGCUCAGAUUGGCUGGCUUCGCCCCACAUCCCCUGGGAAGCUCUGUGCUCUGAGGACAUUUCUCUAUGUGGGGGGCUGAGACUCCCACCUGGGAAAUACCAACCGAGAGGACCCGUCACCAGCCCAGCCUGACCAGCGUCUGCCCUGAGCGUCCACAUCAGAGGGAAAGAAACUGCUGUGUCCUCUGGCAUCCUGCGACCCUGCCUCUGCCCAGCGACGCAGCGGCCGUGGCUGGCUUGAUGUCUGGUCUCCGCGACUAAAGCAUAACCUUCCCGGGGGUUCCGAUUUUUCAGUCUGUAUGGAACAUGUCUGUUCUAAUUAAAGGUCCCAUGGUAUGGUG